AUGCUAAUUAUCAAGCCUGAGCUCGAGAUUCCUGUGUGCUGCGACUUUCAUUUAGAUUAAGAAGCUAGUUUUUACUGUUAUUAGGAUGAAAUUAUGAUGUGUCUAUAAUGCAAAUAAGAUCAUGAAUAGUUUAAGAUUCAUAGUAGUAAUCAGCAUUUGCAUAUUAAUAAAACUGAAUUGGAAAACUAUGCAUAGAGAUUAGAUUUUAAACUGGUAGAAUUACUAGCACAUGUUACUAGAAUAAAAGCAAUACUAGGUGAUCAUAUCUCUUCAAAAGUUAGAAUUAGUAGCAGUGAAUUUAUGGGAAACAUUAAACUAAUUCAAGAAGUACUAAGCCCACUACAUCAAGACGAGAUAAAGAAGAAUUAGAUCAUAUUUUUAAGUAAGACAUAGGAGAUAGUUGAAACCUACUUGAAGACCUUUGAUAGCGAAAUUAUUCCCAAACAAUAUAAUGUUGAAGCUAAAGAUCUAUUAGAAUAAUGGCUAGGAUUUAAAGCAAAUUUCGAGUUAUUAUAUAGAGGAUCAAGAGAUGGUUUCAGAUCAGAUACUUUUCAUGAAUACUGUGAUUAUCAAGGGCCAACACUUACUCUCGUAAAAAGUGAGUUUAACAAGAUAUUUGGGGGCUAUGCCUCAUUAUCUUGGUCAUCGAAGGAAAAAUGGCAAUAAGACAAUUAGGCGUUCUUAUUUUCAAUGACCCACUAAACAAAGCAUCCCUUAGUAAAGAAUAAGCAGUAAGCGAUGCUUUGUAACAGUAGAGGAUAUAUGAUUGUGUUUGGAGGAGGAGAUUUGUAGAUAUUCGAUGAGUGUGAUAAGUAAAAGGUUAACAAUUUUAGUACUUUAGGUAUGUGCUAUGAAUUACCAAAAGGUGUGCAAUUUAUGGACAAGGAGGCUAGCUCUUAUUUAGCUGGAGAUAGAUAUUUUGAAGUUAUUGAUAUUGAGGUGUACAGAGUGUCAAGAAAAUGA